AUGGAUAACAGAAAGAAGUGCUUGGUUCUGGGGUUAACUGUGCUUUUAUGGGUUGGAUUACAUACUCAAAAUGAGGAAGAAUAUGAUGAUUCACCCUAUAAUGAGACGUGCAGGUUGAUGCGCAAGUUUAAUUUGAGUGGAUAUGUAGAAGCCGAAAACCAUUCCUUUGUUGUUGGAGGAUUAUUUCCUAUUCACUCUAGGACCAUCCCAACAAAUGACUCUGAUGAGCAAUCAGUAUCAGCCAUGUGUGAGGGGUUUAACUUCCGUGGUUUCCGCUGGAUGAAAACCAUGAUCCACACCAUCAAGGAGAUCAAUGAGAGGAAGGACAUUCUGCCCAACCACACUAUGGGCUAUCAGAUCUUUGACACCUGUUUCUCCAUCGCCAAAUCAAUGGAGACCAGCUUGGCGUUUCUUACAGGACAGGAGGAAUACAAGCCCCAAUUUAGAAACAGCACUGGAAAAUAUCUAGUAGGAAUUAUUGGAGCAGGGGGAUCAUCCUUGUCAGUUGCUUCUUCAAGAAUUAUGGGGUUGUAUUACCUCUGUCAGGUGGGCUAUUUUUCUUCCUGCUCAAUUCUUAGUGACAAAUUCCAGUUUCCAUCUUUUUUGCGCACAAUGCCCAGUGACAAGAUCCAGUCUGAGGCCAUGGUGAAUCUUAUCCAACACUUUGGUUGGGUCUGGGUAGGUGCUAUUGCAGCUGAUGAUGAUUAUGGAAAAUAUGGAGUAAAAUCCUUUAGGGAAAAAAUGGAGAGUGCCAACCUCUGUGUUGCUUUCACUGAAACCAUUCCCAAAGUCUACGACAACGUGAAAAUGUACCGUGUUGUUAAGACAAUAAAGAGUUCCACUGCCAAAGUCAUUGUGCUUUAUACUUCUGACAUUGACCUCAGCCCUUUUGUGCUGGAAAUGGUUCAUCAUAACAUAACUGACAGGACAUGGAUAGCCAGCGAAGCCUGGAUUACCUCCGCUCUCAUUGCAAAGCCGGAAUACUUUCCAUAUUUUGGUGGAACUAUUGGAUUUGCAGUACCAAGAAGUGAUAUACCAGGGUUAAAAGAAUUUCUUUAUGAUGUCCACCCCAGCAAGGAUCUGAAUAAUGUCCUGACCAUUGAAUUCUGGCAAACUGCUUUUAACUGUACCUGGCCCAAUAGCAGCGUGCCUUAUAAUGUGGACCACAGAGUGAAUAUGACUGGUAAAGAAGACAGAUUGUAUGACAUGUCUGAUCAGCUCUGUACUGGAGAGGAGAAGCUGGAAGAUCUGAAAAAUACCUAUCUGGAUGUGUCUGAGCUAAGAAUCACGAACAAUGUCAGACAAGCUGUGUACGCUAUGGCUUACGCCCUGGAUCGUCUGAGCAGAUGUGACAUACCGGUAGAAGAAAGGAAACAGAGAGAAUGUUCACAUAUACCUGACUUUGAGGCCAGGGAGCUAUUGUUUUACUUUAAGCAAAUGAAAUUUACUACCCAUGAUGGAAGACAAAUGGAACUUGAUGCCAAUGGAGAUAUGGAAAGUGGAUAUUAUGACAUCCUCAAUUGGCAAAUGGAUAAUGCUGGAGAAAUUGCUUUCGUCAAGGUUGGAGAAUACAAAUUCAAAAGUUCAAAAUAUGAACUUGUUCUUCAAAAGAACUCAACAUUAUUUUGGAACACUGAAGCUUCAAGGCUUCCAGAAUCAGUCUGCACAAAAUUAUGUCCUCCAGGGACUCGGAAAGGGAUUCGCCAGGGGCAACCCAUAUGCUGCUUUGAUUGCAUCCCAUGUGCUGAUGGAUAUGUGUCAGAGAAACCAGGUCAAAGGGAAUGUGAGCCAUGUGGUGAAGAUGACUGGUCCAAUGCACAGAAGAGCAAGUGUGUGCCAAAGGACGUGGAAUUCCUGGCUUGUGAGGAGGCCCUGGGGUUCACCCUCGUCAUCCUCUCCAUCUUUGGGGCACUUGUGGUCUUGGCGGUCACCGUGGUGUAUGUGAUCUAUAGGCACACUCCACUGGUGAAUGCCAAUGACCGGGAGCUGAGCUUCCUCAUUCAGAUGUCUCUGGUCAUCACGGUGCUGUCUUCCAUGCUGUUCAUAGGCAAGCCACAACACUGGUCCUGCAUGGCCCGCCAGGUCACUCUGGCUCUGGGCUUUUGCCUUUGUCUGUCUUCCAUUCUUGGGAAGACUAUCUCACUCUUUUUUGCCUACAGGAUCUCUGUAUCCAAAACAAAGCUCAUAUCCAUGCACCCCAUUAUUCAAAAACUCAUCGUGCUGGUCUGUGUUGUAGGGCAGGUUGGUGUAUGUGCCGCUUACUUGGUGUUGGAGCCUCCGAGGAUGUUCAAGAACAUUGAAAUUCAAAAUGUAAAGAUCAUCUUUGAAUGCAAUGAAGGUUCUAUAGAGUUUCUGUGCUCCAUAUUUGGGUUUGAUGUUCUCCUGGCUUUGCUGUGUUUUCUUACAACCUUUGUGGCUCGCCAGCUGCCAGAUAACUAUUAUGAAGGGAAAUGCAUCACUUUUGGGAUGCUGGUCUUUUUCAUUGUCUGGAUCUCUUUUGUCCCAGCUUACCUGAGCACCAAAGGCAAAUUCAAAGUGGCUGUGGAAAUCUUUGCCAUUUUGGCAUCCAGCUAUGGCUUGUUGGGCUGUAUAUUUCUUCCCAAGUGCUUCAUCAUCUUGCUGAGGCCAAAGAGGAACACUGAUGAAACUGUGGGUGGAAGAGUGCCCACUGUAGACAGGAGCAUCCAGCUGACCUCUGCCUCUGUGAGCAGUGAGCUCAACAACACCACAGUGUCUACUGUUCUGGAUGAGUAG